AUGUUUAAGAAGAUUGUAACAUCCUUGGGACUCCAAGCUACACGCGCUCGUGCAGCUCCACGCCCAUCAGCACUCUCCUCUGUUCGUUUUUACGCUGCUUUUGACCGUUCAAAGCCUCACGUUAACAUUGGUACAAUUGGUCAUGUCGAUCACGGUAAGACCACUUUAACCGCUGCUAUCACCAAGGUUUUGUCAGCCAAGGGAGGAGCUUCUUUCUUAGAUUACGGUUCCAUUGACAGAGCCCCAGAAGAAAGAGCCAGAGGUAUCACUAUCUCCACCGCACACGUUGAAUACGAAACCGACAAGAGACAUUAUGCCCACGUUGAUUGUCCAGGUCACGCUGAUUACAUUAAGAAUAUGAUUACAGGUGCCGCUCAAAUGGACGGUGCUAUUAUUGUUGUUGCUGCUUCCGAUGGUCAAAUGCCUCAAACCAGAGAACAUUUGUUAUUGGCUAGACAAGUUGGUGUUCAAAACUUGGUUGUUUUCGUUAACAAGGUCGACACCAUCGAUGACCCAGAAAUGUUGGAAUUAGUCGAAAUGGAAAUGAGAGAAUUAUUGACCACCUAUGGAUUUGACGGUGACAACACUCCAGUUGUCAUGGGAUCAGCCUUAUGUGCCUUGGAAGACAAGCAACCAGAAAUUGGAUCUGAAGCUAUUAUGAAGUUAUUAGAUGCUGUUGAUGAAUAUAUUCCAACUCCAACCAGAGACUUGGAGCAACCAUUCCUUAUGCCAGUUGAAGAUGUCUUUUCUAUUUCGGGUAGAGGUACCGUUGUCACUGGACGUGUUGAAAGAGGAUCAUUAAAGAAGGGUGAAGAAAUCGAAAUUGUCGGUGACUUCGGUAAACCAUUUAAGACCACUGUUACCGGUAUUGAAAUGUUCAAGAAGGAAUUAGACGCUGCCAUGGCUGGUGAUAAUGCAGGUAUCUUAUUGAGAGGUGUCAAGAGAGAUGAAAUCUCCAGAGGUAUGGUUUUAGCCAAGCCAGCUUCCGUCACCUCCCACAGCAAGGUUUUAGCUUCCUUAUAUAUCUUGACCAAGGAAGAAGGUGGACGUCACUCUCCAUUCGGUGAAAACUACAAGCCUCAAUUAUUUAUUAGAACUUCCGAUGUUACUGGUACUUUAAGAUUCCCAGCCGGUGAAGACGUUGACCACUCCAAGAUGGUCAUGCCAGGUGACAAUGUUGAAAUGGAAAUUGAAUUAGUCAAGAAGACUCCAAUUGAAGCCAACCAACGUUUCAAUAUCAGAGAAGGUGGUAAGACCGUUGGUACUGGUUUAGUCACCAGAAUCAUUGAGUAG